AUGAAAAGCCAUAGUUGUGAGAAAGUUGUGAGAAGUAAUAUAGAUCCAGUUUAUCUUCACAGCCAUUACUAA